AAAGAAGCUCGAGAUUAUUUUACCAAAGUCAAAUGGAAGUGACCACAGUCGAGGCAUUUUGCUAGUUAUCAUGAUUCCAAUCAUUAAAUAGAAUCGGUCACUAUCCUAUCCCCUCAAAUCACGCCUUAGAUUUGGAAACCUCUCACCAACCUCUCCAAACUUUCCCACACAUUAAUUCUCCCAUCCUGAUUUCUCAGUUCAAACUCUUCUCAAAAUCACCAAGAGCGAGGAUUCAAGCUCCUAUUCCUCGAGCUCUAGAUGCUCCGCUUGCAUCACCAAUUCAAUCCACCCCAUUAAACCAUGGCCCCCUCAACCCGCACCCUCUUCACCCUCUCCAUCCUCCUCCGCAUAAUCCUCUUCUUCUACGGUCUCUACCAAGACGCACACUCCCCCCUCAAAUACACAGAUAUAGACUACCAAGUCUUCACCUCCGCAUCUCUGUACACCUCUCGCUCACUCUCUCCCUACACACGGGAAACCUACCGGUACACACCUCUUCUCGCCUGGCUCUUACUCCCCACCACAUUUUCUCCCCAGCAUCUCUGGUUCCACUUUGGCAAGGUUCUAUUCGCCGUGUGUGAUAUACUGGCAGGUUAUUUACUCCAUGUGAUACUAGUUGGUCGGGGAAUGGAUGUUGGUCGUGCGGGGAAGUAUGCGGCGAUUUGGUUGUUGAAUCCAAUGGUUGCGACGAUUAGUACGCGGGGGAGUAGCGAGGGAAUUUUGGGAGUGCUGGUCAUAGGGUUAUUGUGGGCGGCGUUGAAAAGAAAGAUUGUGUUGGCUGGGAUGUUAUUGGGAUUAGGAGUCCAUUUUAAGAUUUACCCGGUGGUGUAUGGGAUUAGUAUUGUUUGGUUUUUGGAUCGGGAGACGAUUACUGGUUCUGGAAGCAGGAGUGUUGGAGGGAAAGGAUUGAAGAGGGGAAAAGCGGAGAGGUUGAGUGGAAGUGAUGAUAUUUGGGGUAAGGCUAUGAGAUUCAUGAAUCAGGAGAGGGUUACGUUAGUGACGGUUAGUCUGAUGACAUUUAUGGGACUCAAUAUCCUGAUGUAUUACAUCUAUGGAUACCCCUUCCUCCAACACACCUAUCUCCACCAUGUAACCCGCAUCGACCACCGACACAAUUUCUCACCCUACAACACCCUCCUCUACCUGCGCUCCGCCUUCCCCUCCCCCUCUCCCCUACCCUUGGAAUCUCUAACUUUCAUCCCUCAACUUCUCCUCUCCACUGUCAUCCUCCCCCUCGCCCUCUCUAAGCACGACUUACCCACCACUAUGCUAGCGCAAACUCUCACUUUCGUGACCUUCAACAAAGUAGUCACAUCCCAGUACUUCCUCUGGUACACUUGUUUACUCCCUCUCUACCUUUCUACUCCCUCCUGUGGCCUCAUCAAAUCACCACGCAAGGGGAUAUUCGCUCUGUUUUUAUGGGUUGCCACACAAGCAUUUUGGUUACAUCAAGCAUUCGAGCUUGAAUUUUUGGGUUUGAGCACUUUUGUGCCCGGCCUAUUUGCGGCAAGCCUCUUAUUUUUCGCCACGAAUGUCUGGAUUCUGGGUGUUAUUGUGAAGGAUGUUGGUCGGGGAGCGGCUGCUGUUUCUGGGAAAGGGAUUUGAGGUUUGGGUCUCGAGGAGGUUAAAAGGGAGGUUGGGGAAUGAGAGAAAGACUGUUUACUGGGAUGAUGCGUAUCAAUAUGUGCGCCAGAUAGAGGUGUAUAUAGAGAGUAGACAUAUUCCACACAUCGGUCUGUACAU